CAGGGUUGCAGUGAAAGUGUUUUGAAUUUUUUUUUUUUUUUUAGUUAAGUCUUUAAAAAAUACAACAUAAAAAUGGCUUCAAAAAGAGCUCUGGUCAUCCUGGCUAAAGGAGCAGAAGAGAUGGAGACGGUCAUCCCUGUAGAUGUCAUGAGACGAGCUGGAAUUAAGGUCACCGUCGCAGGUCUGGCUGGAAAGGACCCGGUACAGUGUAGCCGAGACGUUGUCAUUUGUCCUGAUGCCAGUCUGGAAGAUGCAAAAAAAGAGGGACCUUAUGACGUAGUGGUUCUACCAGGAGGUAACCUGGGCGCACAGAAUUUAUCUGAGUCCGCUGCUGUGAAAGAGGUUCUGAAAGAACAAGAGAAGAGCAAGGGCCUCAUUGCUGCCAUCUGUGCAGGCCCUACGGCUCUGUUGGCUCACGAAAUAGGUUUUGGAAGCAAAGUUACAACGCACCCACUUGCUAAAGACAAAAUGAUGAAUGGAAAUCAUUACAGCUACUCGGAGAGUCGAGUGGAAAGGGACGGGCUGAUCCUCACCAGCCGGGGGCCUGGAACCAGCUUCGAGUUUGCCCUCGCCAUCGUGGAGGCCCUGGCCGGCAAGGAGGUGGCAGCGCAGGUGAAGGCACCUCUCGUUCUGAGAGAUUAGCAGGGCUGGAGGGGUAGGCCGUCCGUAAUCAUUCUCACUGUGUUCGCUCCAAACACAAAGCAGGGUCAGUGUGCCCCAUCCCCACCCCCCGUGCAGGGGUCACCCGCCAGCAGCCCAGCGGUGUGUCCCCAGUUGUGUCCCCACAUUUCUAAACCUUGACUGCAGAAUAAAUAGUGCAUUUAGCAAACUGUUGAUUGUUCCUUCUUUUCCCUCUGGUCUCCAUUGUUUGGUGUGAAGCCAAAUUAUCAGCUUCAUUAAACUGUUGAUACUGCUACUGAAAUAAACGAGCAGCAAACACAUCUUACACGGCGAGGAGGAAAAGCGUAAAACAAAGAUUUAAAAGUGCAAUUUCUCUCCCACUCAUUACCUGUAUCUCUAAUGUGCUAUUAAAAAAAUCCAGUGAA